AUGAUUCUGCAGGGCCCAACGAGCCUGGACGCGCAGGAAGCCUCGCCCGCAACAUUUGUCGCCCAAGUAGUUGGUGCUCCUGAACCCGAAAUAUGCUGGUUGUUCAAUCACACGGACGUUAUCAAGCCAUCUAGCUGCGUCCAAAUGCAGCAGUUUCCCGACGGCAGAGCUGUGCUCAGCAUCACAAAGGUUCGCCCUGAGGACAGUGGCGAGUACACGGUUCGCGCGACGAAUCCGUUUGGAACCGUUGAAAGCACAGCGGAGCUGAAAGUUCUAACCCCGCUGCCUGAGGAGACGAUUCAGUGUCCCGAGGGCACUUCGCUUUCGCUCAUAGUCGAGGCUACCGGUGUGCCCCCGCCCAAACUCAACUGGUUCCGAAAUGGUGCCCCAUUCGUGUCGUCUCCAGACAUGCAGAUAACUGAGAUUACUCCGACCCAGCACCGACUCGAGGUGAACGAACUCUUCCUUACGGAUUCUUCCGAAAUCCUAGUGGAAGCUGUAAACCCCUUCGGCAGAGCAGUGACCAAGGCAACGCUCGUCGUUACACCAGAUGAACGGAAAAAGUUAGAACCUCCGGUCUUUGUGCAGUCACCGCCUCCACAAUUCACCGCUCCCGAGACAUCAACUGUGAGGUAA